ACCACGCAGGCUCACACCCCUCUGGGGGCUCCGGACCUGCCCUGGCUCACUCCCUCCGGCCCGCCAUCCCCGGCCCAGGCACCUGUUCGUGGUGGCGCAGAGCGCGCGGCCCGGGCGGCGCGGAGAGCGGGGGCGGAGCAGGUCCCAGGAGUCGGGCUCCUCAGCGCACCUGGCGGUGAGCAUCGCCGGAGGAGGAGAAGGCGAGGAGAGGCCCAGGAAUAAUGGCGUCCAAAGAGCAACAAGUCGUAAAAGAUCUCGCAGUGCAGAAUGAAGAAAAAGAAAACGAAAAAGGGAAGGCCUCCAAGCAAAGUGAAGAAGAAUCCCACCACCUGGAAGAAGUUGAAAACAAGAAGCCUGGGGAAAAUGUCAGAAGGGGUCGAGUCAGGCGACUUGUGCCUAAUUUUCGAUGGGCCAUACCAAACAGACACGUUGAUCACAAUGAAGGGGGAGAGGAUGUGGGGAAGUUUGUAGGGCAAGUGAUGGAAGUCAAGAGAAAGACUAGGGAGCAACAGAUGAGGCCUUAUGGGCGUUUCCAGACACCAGAACCUGACAAUCACUAUGACUUUUGCCUCAUACCUUAAAAAUUGAAGGUUUUCUCUGAGCUCAUAAAGUGGCUACUCUUUUACAA